UAGCUCUGACAGAAAGAGUCUGUACCUGCCCACCUGGAUACAUUAUAAAGGGGAGAGGAUGUAUAGAUGAAGAUGAGUGUAAAUAUGAUGAAGAGCCAAUCUGUGGAGAUAAUGCAGACUGCUACAACACAAAUGGUAGCUACUACUGUCACUGUCAAAAAGGAUUUAAUCCACCUGGAAACUUUACACGGCUCUCUCCAAAGAUAUGCGAGGACAUCAAUGAAUGUUUGGAGGACAGCAUUGAUUGUGGUCCUAAUGCAAUCUGUAAAAAUACUAUAGGAAAUUAUACAUGCUUAUGUGAUACUGGCUACAUUGCCAACAAUAAUGCAGAGACAUUUAUGGACAGACAAGGAGUUCAGUGUAUUGACAGAAAUGAGUGUGAAGAUUCUGGUUUCUGUGGUAUAAAUGCGAGAUGUCAUAACACCCCGGGCAGUUACCACUGCACAUGUGCUCCAGGCUUCAGACUGAGAUCAGGACAAACUAACUUCACUGAUCCCAGUACAGACAGCUGUGAAAGUAUAUUUCACACUGACAAGUACAUCUGUGGAGGAAAAUUCUUCAUAAACAGCAAAGCUUCAGUGAUCAAGAUGACUCACAGUUCCAAGAUCAGCACUGUUUUCAGUUUUAUUGCUUGUUUUGUGGGAGUAACAUUGCUUGGCCCUUCGCAAUCAAACAUUCCAGAUUGUUGUGUAAUAAAUUGGAAUUAUAUGCCAGAUCAUGAAGUUUUUUAUGGAGAGGUGUGCUAUUAGUUAUCUGAGUAAUCUUAUUAAGUCUUUUGCACAAUCAAAAUAAAAGUUCUACUUUUUGGUUAGACGUCUCAGUUCAGUUCUGGUUCUUCUUCCUAAAAUCAUUAAAUCAUUAAUCUUAGUUAUACCAUAUUAAAGACCUAUCUUCUUAUAGAUUAAACAUAAAGCUGACAUAAAACACGCUGUUUCUGCAUUUCUGAUGUUAAUCUGAACUACCUAUAGAGUAGUAUUACAUCCUUUAUAUCUCCAAAGAGGCUUUAGUUCAAUCAGAAUUAUAAAAGAAAGAUUAACUUUACCGAUUCUUUCUGAUAAUGUACGAAAAAAUGAAGAAGGAGGAGUUGCUACCACGGGAGGAGCAAGUACACAGUCAUGCAACACAGGAUACAUCCCUGUUUAUUACACGGCUCUCUGGAAUGCUUGAUUCUGAUUGGUCAGUUGAGACAUUUGCAGGUUCGUUCUUUUCAAAUAAUAACCGCUCCAAAUUAAUAACGCAUAGCCGGACUACUUGCACGAGUAAAAUCGCUCCGCGCCAAUAAAGAUCAAUAAGAUCUUUAUCUGUUUGGCGCCAUCUUGUGACAAACACUGGACAACCACGACAAGACACAGAGAGCUUAC